GAGCGGCAGGACCAGUUUCCCUAAACAAAGGAGAGAAAGGCAGGGCUAGAGGUAGGUGACAUUUGUCGGCUUCCGAAGAUAAAGAAAAUUACAGAUUGUGGCAGAGCAAACAGUGAGAAAAGCAGGGGCAUGACAGUGGAUUAUCAAACACCUGAUAUUUGUGUGGUGCUCCAAUACUCGAACUGAGAAGGACAGAGAAAGAAAGGAGGAAAAAGGAAGAGGUAAAUAGGAGAGGAGAGGGAAAAGGAGCAGGUGAGGAGGGUGGAGUUAAGAAAACACUGAAGGUGGAACGUAGACAAACAGAGAGCAGCACAUUAAUCCCCUGAGCUUCACAAAUCGCCUGGCAAAACAAGACAAUGAAGAGCUGAACAGCACGGCUGAACCCAGACUCCACAUCUAGGUGGGAGCAUGUAUGAAAAUUGGCUGACUGCGUGAAGGAGGGAAACAUGAGCCUGCAAUAACAGGAUCUAAAAAUUUCUUGGGGGAUAUAAGAAGCAACAAGUAGCUGAGGAUGUCCUCAUUAUCAGAAGCAGACUUCCGCUGCAAACAUGGAGAUACAAUCUGUGAGAUACGGGUCUAUGAGCAGGAGGUGAUCAUAGUGCCCGUCUUUCUGCUGGCCAGCUUCCUGGUCACUCUGGUCUUCAUUUUACUGCUGCGUUUUUGUCCAGAGAAAGUCGAUCGGAUCCGUCCACAGGCCUCGAAGUCGGCCUCCAGGAGAGUGCUGCAUGGUAUUGAUGCUCCACCAGGUAUUGAUGUCCUGGAGCAUGAAAGCAUCGCUCUGGACAUGCCCAGUUCCUACUCCACCUUCCAUCCCCCGAACACUUACUCGUCAAAAACCCUCUCCUUAUCUGUGAGCACACCCUCCGUCCCACCCAACCCCCAACCACAGCCCUUCAAGCCUAGUUUCACUCCCAUUGUCCAGCCCAGGGAGUUGCCCCGUCAGAGGUUGCCCGAGUCCUUCAAUCUGGUCACCCCUCUGCCUGCUACCUUCUCCCUGCGCUCUGACUCCUCCGUGUCCUUGUACAGGGCCCGUAUGGAAAACAGGAAUGUGGUCCUGCGGGUGCUAAAUGACUCUGCUGAUGCCACAGAAAGACACAACUUCCUGGAAUUUGCAUCCUUCCUGGCCCAGCUCGGACCUCAUCCAUUCCUGCCAGAGCUUCUCGGCGUGGUCUCCUUGCGAGCUCCUCUGGUUACAGUUGUGGAGGAGCUGGAGAACAGAGACCUGCUCAGCUUCCUGUGGAGAUGCAGACAGGAACAUGUGGAUCCUCCGUGUGAGAUGACUGAGAAACGAAUAUUUACCAUGGCCAAACAGGUGGCCUCAGCCCUGGAGUUCCUUCACAGCAAAGAUAUUCUCCAUGGAAACAUCCGUGCCCGCAGUGUGCUGGUCAGCAAUCAGUUCACGGCCAAGCUUUGGGGUCUGCAUGGGGUCUACACAAGGAAGAAUGCGGGAGCCACUCAGAGAGAUGAUCCCAGCAUGAAGAAAUGGCAGGCACCAGAGGUGUUAGCCAGGAGACCUGCCAGUCAAAGCAGUGACAUCUGGUCAUUUGGCAUCUUGCUUUAUGAAAUGGCAACACUGGGUGAAGCUCCAUUUGCAGAAAUCUCAGUUAAUGAGCUUCUGCAGUUUCAUCAACGAGGGAAAAGCCUGAAAAAACCUUCCAACUGUUCCAACAUGCUGUAUUCCAUCAUUAAGGGCUGCUGCCAAUGGAAGGAUCAAGAGCGACCCUCCCUGGCUGACGUGAGCCGAAAGCUCCUCUCAGGAGAGAAGAGUGCCUCUGACAAAGUCCUCAAGGUGUCUGGGACAGUUAACAUUGAGCAGUACCUGCAGGAAGCAGGAUACGGGGAAACCAACAGCUACACUGUUUUCUGAUCACUGGCCGUGACAGCAAAACAAACUGCACUAUUGUCAAAUACCCCAGUUGUGCACUUUUCCAACAGAAGUCUUUCAGGUGCAAUAAAAGUGUUCCAAGCUCUGUGUACACGUGCUUUGGGUACUGAAAUUGUUCUUAAAUUUUAUGGAAAAGACAAAAAACUUCUAUAUUUAAAAGUUAUUUACCUUUGGGAACCAUUCAUUUUAAUCUAAGAGCUCAAUUGUGGGGAAAAUGCAACUAGUAAUUUUAUAGUAGAAUUUAAGAUAUGUAAACUUGACCAACAUACAGCGGCUGCACUCUGAACCUGUAGUCGAUCCUGUAAAUAUAUGAUGGUUUACAAAUGUUUACAAACUGUAGACAAUGUAUAUUUAAAAAAAUGUAAUAUAUGUUAUUACUGCAUUUUUAUAUGAUUAUAUAGUAGGCAGAGAAAUGAAGGACAUAUUAAUGCAAUUCCGCUGAUACUAUAUUCAAUGUUUUCUCUCUAAGCUAAGUUUUUGUUCACAGACAUCUAUUAGCAAGAAAUGACCAGUUUACAUUUGAAUAAAAAAUCAUGAAAAGGC